UUACAUGCCGCGGGAGCUUUCUCACGCGAUCCUCGUCUGUGUUUACAUUCAGCCGAGAGCGGACGUGCAGGCGGCGUGUGACGUCAUCCACUCCACCGUCGCAGCGCUGCAGACCCAGUACCCUGACGCCUUCUAUGUGAUUAUUGGAGAUUUUAAUCACGUAACGCUGGACUCUACCCUGCCUGCCUUUUUCCAGUUUGUGGACUGUCCAACCAGGAAUAACAGAACCAUAAACUUGCUGUAUGCUAAUGUGAAGGAUGCAUACAGGGCUAUUCCACUACCACCGCUGGGGAGAUCAGAUCACAACCUGGUCUUCCUGCAGCCUCAGUACAAACCACUGGUACUGAGGCAGCCCACUACCACACGCUCAUUCAGAGUCUGGUCUCCUGAAGCAGAGGAAGCCCUAAGGGACUGCUAUGACACCACUGACUGGAGCGUGCUGCUGCACCCACAUGGCGAGGACAUUGAGGGGGUGACUCACUGUGUUACAGACUACUUGAAUUUCUGUAUGGAUGUUGCUGUUACCACAAAGACUGUACGCUGCUUUCCAAACAACAAACCCUGGAUUACCAGUACCAUCAAGGACCUCCUCAACCAAAAGAAGAGGGUGUUCAAAGAUGGAAAUCUGGUAGAGCUAAAGCGCGUACAGAGGGAACUCAAGGUACGUCUUAAAGAGGCCAAGGAGUCUUACAGGAAAAAGGUGGAAAGAAAGCUGCAAGAUAACAACAUGAAGGUCUGGGGUGCGAUGAAAACCAUCACUGGGUGCAAGAACAACAACGGCAAUCCAGUAGAUGGGGGUGUGGACAGAGCAAACCAGUUUAACAACUUUUACAACAGAACCAAGAAACUGCAACAAGUUUUUUUCAAGUUCUUGCCACCAUCUACAGGGAUGAGAGAGAAUAUUCAAGGAAGAUCUAUGAUGUUGGCAACACUGAGCAUCUUAUUGAAACAGCAUCGGCAGAACAACUUGGAUAUGCUGUUGUGAGAAUUCUAAAAUUCAACCCACAAUUUCAGGAAUUUAUUGACGUAGAUAGGAAUGUAGACAUCAGGAACUUAGAUAGAUUCCAGCUGUUCUUAUCAUGCAAAGAGACUGAAUCAUCUCAACCUAUGGCCACUUCAGUGUCCCAAGCUCAGGUAUUUACAUUU